UCUACGAUAAUUGCCAAAAUAUAAAUUAAUAUUUCACAAGAACUUCCUUUUUCGACUUUGUUAAUUUGUCAAACGAAUAUUGAUACAAAUAUUUUCUUGUCAUUGACUUUUUUUUUUUUAAUUUGUUCAUGCUUGCAGUCAAUGUGACAGAAGUUAAAGCUUUGCAUGAGCUCUUCAGGAAAUUAAGCAGUUCUUUAGUUGAUGAUGGUUUUAUCAGCAAAGAAGAGUUUCAGCUUGGAUUAUUCAGGAAUAACAAGAAGCAGUCUCUCUUUGCAGAUAGGACCUUCAAUUUGUUCGACUCCAAAAAAGAUGGUUUGAUAGAGUUUGGCGAGUUUGUCAGAUGUUUGAGUAUCUUACACCCUGAUGCACCCCAUGAAGAAAAAUUAUAUUUCCAACUAUAUGAUAUAUGGCAAACAGGCUAUAUUGAAUGUGGAGAGGUCAAGGAGAUGAUUUUGGCUUUCGUACGUGAGUCUAUUGGGAUCGGAUCGGAUUAG